GCAGCCGCAGUACAGCUACAGCUGUGGUGGUGAAAGGUUGUGUGGCGUGCAGUUGCUGUGCGUUCCGUUAUCUGCGUUAUUGUGACUUGUGUCAAAGACGUGUUUAUGACUGCGACAAUAAGAACUGAAUAUUCUUACGUACUUCGUAUAAGAUCAGGCUAGCAGAGGUAAUGGGUAACCUUCUCCGACUGCUCUCCCGAGAGGACAACAGCUGCUGCUCCCAUAACAAGUUCGACUUCUUUCUCGACUUUGAGAAUGCGGUGCCGUCGGAGAGCGAAGAGCCGCUGUUCCUGGCGGUAAGCCAGGUGCUCGAGACUUCAGGAGACAUCCUCAAAAAUCUACAGCAGUACAAGGGCGCCGCCAAAGAAAUCAGAGAAGCAAUCAGUGAUUCCGGCGGAGAGUGCCAGAGGCGGGCGUGGGAGGUCGUCAUACCUUUAGUUCAAAAACUUUUCGACUUCUACCAGUUCUCCCACCAGCUCGAGGAGAUUCUGCCCCGUGUGCUGCUGGAGCUGUGCUCUCCAUCCAUACCUCCCGUCCAACACCUCGAAACGCAGCAGGCGCUCGUCAAGCAACUCGCCGAUAUUCUCGAGUUCACGCUCAAGUUCGACGAGCUUAAAAUGACGACACCUGCUAUCCAGAACGACUUUAGCUACUACAGACGAACGAUGAUGCGCACGCGUCUGGACCACACCACCCCCCAGGACCUGGGCUGUAAUGGUGACUCUGAAGAGGACAUCUCAAAACUCGACCAUCAGACCGCCAACAAGAUGAGCCUCUUCUACGCCUACCCCACGCCAAUGCUGCGCGUCAUCAGCGAAGCCACAUCCAAAUUUGUAGCAGAGCAUAAAGAAAUCCCCCUGGAGCAGACGACAGAGACCCUGGGCACGAUGGCGAAGGUGUGCCAGAAGAUGCUCGAGAACCCGGACCUGAUCGCGCGCUUCAAGCACGAAGAGACGCAGCUCUUCAUCCUGCGCGUGAUGGUGGCUCUUGUGAUCCUCUACGACCACGUGCAUCCUGUGGGGGCCUUUGCCAAGACCAGCCAUGUCGACGUCAAGGGAUGCAUCAAAGUUCUCAAGGAGCAGCCCGCGUCCAGUUCAGAAAACUUGCUUAACGCUCUCAGGUACACCACGAAGCACCUCAACGACGACUCGACGCCUAAACACAUCCGCACUCUCCUGGCGGUCUGAGGGAACAUUUCCUUGUCCAAUUCCGUCGCGUGAUAAUUCCCUUGCAUUUUGAUUCAUAUUUUAUUUUGUACAUUACGUUUAGUUGAAUUUUUAUAUUGCAGGGCCCUGAUGGGGAUGCUAGGUGUUGUAAGAAGAUGAAGGUUGUAAUGAGUUUUUAUAGGAAUUGUAAAAUGGGUGCACAUAUUUGUAGUUCAUUGAAAUGCUUUUCUGCUGAAGAAAACAGUGCUUCUGUUUUUUUUAUGUGAAUAGCAUAUCUGCUUUUUGUGUCGGUAAACUCGUAUAUUUCAUCAUUGAAAAUCGAAGUGUGGAUAAUAAUGACAACUGGAUGAUGGCUGGCCAUGAGAUGUCGAAGCUGAUGCUCUAGAUAGUGUCUCGUAGUACCGAUACUACGGUAUAUCCGCUUAGUGAACUAGAUGUCUGUUGAAUGGGUCCGAACUGCUUCACUGCCAUCAUAUCAUUCCAUCCUUAUUUUAAUAUGAUAUUCUUUUACUUUCCACGAAAAAUUUCUCGAUGAAUUUCCUCGUCUGUAUUAUUCAUGCGCAUGUUUUCAUCGCUGAGCUGUAUUCCAAUUUUCGAUGUCGCCUCUGGCUUAGUAUAUUAUUAUUUCUUAGCAGGGUUGACUGGAAUGAAGCGGCUUGCGUAUUACAUUAACAAUAUUACCGAGUCUUCACAUAAUUAGCAUAUACUGUUUUUUUUACUUUCUACGCACUCGUUACUACCUACUUUUAUAACAAAUAUUAAAUGUCUUUUGCCAAGUUGGUUCUUAUUUGUCUCGUUAUAAAUUCGUUUCUGGAAAAAAUAAAAUUAUGUGGAUUUUUCAGGGUUCCAUGUUUGUGUAAGCUAUAGUUCGGCAAUUGUCAUUGCUAUUGUAAUAACUAUUCGUCAAUACACUUGGUAGUUCAAGUUAUUUUAAAUUUUUCUUCAUAACUCUUUCAGAAUGUUCAUUGUAAACUUUAAUUUGAGCGCGAUCGGCGCACCGAGUCUAACUGCGAUUGUUUUCUUUUUACAGUGGAAGGGAUUCAUUGGAAUAUUCAUGGGAUAUGAGGUGGAGUAUCUACUUUAUAUAGACACUAGCGGCUCCUGUUGGUACCAGAUCUCUGACUUGUAUUUUAGUACCAUGAAUUUUAUUCUCUUCUCUGCCUGCAUGUACAUCCUGGCUUACUUUUCCUAAGCUUUUAUUUAAACCCUCGAGACUCGUGACAAAUCAGACGAGUUCAUAUCAUUAUCUUCUGUAUCUUACUAGUCAUUUCCUAUUUAUUUCUACGGUUGUAUCAUCUACGAUACAUCCUACUGUUCUGCCCAUAUGUGGAAAACAUACCACCCCGUAAAUGUAUGGGCCCUGUACCUUACGUGUGAAGUUACGUGUAACCAUUUAGAGAUGUAAGCCCGAGAUCGUUGUACUCGAGACAACCUUUAAAUUUGAUGAAAAUGCUUUACUUGUUUGUUCUGUUAUUAUGCCAGUCACUAUGUGCCUAAGGUUGCCGUUGUGGGGAACUUCGAGAUGCUGUUCAAAAAACCAGCUUGUACAGAAGGUAAUUCAAUCGCGUCUUGGAGGCUUUAUUACUUAUUGAUGGCAUGGAGUUUUGACAGAGCCUUAUCAUAGAAAACUUUCUCACUCUGUUUUUCUUUUUGCCUUAUUUGAGCCCUGUUGUGUCCGGUGACUGUGUGGUUUACAAUAGGUCCGAUCGUCCCGUGUCUGAAGUGUAGUAAAGUGACCACAACUUUUUGGCGUCUCAAAUCUUGUGGCUGAAGCCGCAUUAUCCUAGUUCGAGCUUUCCAGAUGGUCUAUCAUUAAGAUUUUUAGGCUUCUGUAGAAGUUCCUUUUGAGGUCGAUUAAGCAAUCGACUUCUCUGGAUAUUUUCUAUCGGGCGUUGUUUCGCCAGAAGUAAGUUUUACUUGUAUCUGUCUAGAAACAUUAAAAUCAUAGAUAUGCUCAGUAUUUUACUAAAUUAUACUUCUCUCACUAAGUGACAGAAUGUACUCGAUAAUCACCAAGUAUUGACAAUUAGCAUUUUAUGAAAUUAUUGAAAAUAUUUUGUAUUAUUAUUGCUCUGCACGCGCACUUGAGCCCCGAUUUCUCAGUGAAGUCAGUCGCACGCCUGACCAUCACUUGCAUGUAAUAAAUGGCUGCAAUCGAAGAGUCAUUUUAACAAAUUGUUUAGCGUCAAACUGAGGGUUUUUAUUUCAUAAUGCCGCGUGGGCCGUGCUGCGGGGUGCUCAUCUCUGAUGUGGUGACGCCUUCUAUAAGUUUGUUGUAUAAAGUAAGUCGAUGUCUUGCUGUGUGAUUCGUGAUCAUGAAACCAAAGUGAUUAAUUCUCUGCACUUGUUAAUAAACUCCUGAAACUCC